GAUGGGGAGGAGCAACCGGGCACCCGAGGAGUCUUCUUCCGACUCGGAGCAGGAGUGGCGCCUUUCGGGUCGCCGCCACCUGGCGGAGCAGCACGCGAACCUGCUGUUGGUGCCAGCCGCGGAAGUGAAGAAGAAGACGGCAGAGCAGGCAAAGGCAGCUGCGAAAGCAGCGGCGGAGAAAUUCGUGAAGGAGCGCCAGGAGAGCGCCCAGUGGGCCAAGGAGGCAGAGGAAGCAAAGAAGAAGAGAGCAGCCAAAGCCGCAGAGGCCAAGAAGAAGGCAGCCGAGGCGGAGAAGUUGAUCAACGAGGCCACGGAGGCAAAGAAGAGAGCAGCCGAGGCAGUGGAGUUGGUCAGCGAUUCCCCAGAGGGGAAGAAGAAGAAAGCAGCCGAGGCAGAGAAGUUGGUCGACGAGGCCACGGAGGCAAAGAAGAAAGCAGCCGAGGCGGAGAAGUUGGCCAGCAAAGCCGCGGAGGCAAAGAAGAAGGCAGCCACAGAGGCCGUGGAGACAAAGAAGCCCAAGGGCAGUGUGGCCAGAGCAAGGGCAGAGCCGUCUUCGGGGUCGAAGGACCCACCGCAGCCAGUGGUGAAGAAGCAGCCCAAGCCGCCCAUGGUGAAGGCAAUGCCAGCCAAGGUCCGAAAGAUCGUCCUGAAGAGCCGGGCCCAGCGCGGGAUUCCCGGGCAGACCGACACUGCGCUGAGAAUGCUUUCGCAGCGGGCCAAGGAGAAGAAGAAGAGCGGCUACCUCAUGAAGGCCAUCAACAACGCUAUGAAGAAGAAGGCCGAGGAGCAGAAGGGCGCGCCAGUCAGACGAACCUGGGAGAAGCAUAUCAAGGACCACUAUGCUCAGAUCAGGGGGCUGGAGAUCCCGUUCGUGGAGGUGACGAUUUCCGAAAUCGUCAAGGAGCCUCGGGGACCACCGCCGGUGCCACAGCCGAAGACCCCUCCUUCUACGCCAGCGCGAGCUUCAAAGGCCCCGGAGGUCAAGGUGGAGAGCGCGCGUGCAGCAAAGGUGCCGGAGGUCAUCAAGGUGGAGGGCAUGGAGAUCAAUCCCCCACCACCGGUGCCACCAAGGAGGAGGCUACCCAUGCCGCCGAGGGACCCGAGGUCAGCCGGACGAGGGCCCUCUGCGCCCUCAGAGUGGUCACCUGUGUCCAGUCUGCCGCCAUGGUCACCAGUUUCCAGCGUGCCGGUGGAUGCAAAGGCCAGGGAAACCCCAGCAGAGGGGAGAGCCGAGCAGCUGCAUCUUGGGGAAGACGGCAAGAUCUACAACUCCCGGGGCGAGGUGGUGGAGCUGGAGAGCAUGGAAAGCAUCGAGAUAGACGCCCACCAUCCAGGAAUAUCCGAUGGUCCUUCUUCCUUGGGACUCUCGCUUCUGAUGCAAGAAAAGGUUGCGUUUGCAUGUGAGCAUGACGCCGCAGUUGAGCUUGGUGAGCAUGCAUGUGCUGGUGGUUUGGAUGAGCAUGAGUUGCAGCAUGGUGAGUUGCUUGAGCAUGUUGGGCAGGACCGACCACAGCGUGACCGGAGCGAGGCCCAUGAUAGCCAGAGUGAAGCAUGGUUGCUCAGAGGGGAUCGGGAACUGUUGUUGCAGGAAAGCUGGGGUAAGCUAGAGCGAGAACAUGUUCUUAGAUCGCAUGUGCCGUACAAUGCGUCUUGCCCGCAGUGUGUGCAAGGCCGUGGGCUUGAACCCGCCAGAAGCCAGGAUCGGCCCCAGGACUCAGGGAUGAGAGAGGUGCAAAUAGAUAAGUUUUUCUAUAAGGGCCUCGCGUUCCUGGUGUUGGUUUUGGUUGGUGCUUUUGCCCUCGGUGUGGUUCCGUACCGUGAGGUGAGCGGAUCCCGAGGCCCAGCAGCCAAGGAAGCCAUGUUGAAUGACAUGUCGGCAUGGAGUCGUAGCGUUGGCUUGGUUGGUGUUGCUCCCAGUGAGUUGACGGUGAGUGUGAAGUCGGACAUUGAGGGUGUUGUGAAGAACCUUGCGCAGAGUUUUGCUGAUGGUUUGACCGCCGGUGCCAUCGAGGUUGUGGAUGCCCCUGUUGGUCGGCAUGCUGUUGUUGCAGAGCGUGCGGUGAGGACCAUCAAGGAAGGUGCAAACACACUUUGUGCUGGGUUGGAACAGGUCGGCUUGGAGCCCUGCGGGAAGGGUGUUACGUAUCUUUUGAUGCACGUUGCCCAGGUCUAUAACCGGUACCAGGUGCAUCCUGGAUCGGCGCUGUCCCCAGAACAGCGUUGCUUGAAGACCACCCGAGGACCGCAUGCCGCUUAUGUUUGGGGUGCCGCUGUGCUUGCCACUCCUCCUCCCUCUUUGCGUGACAAGAUCACCGGCCGUUACGGCCACGCCGCCUACCUUGGACCAGAAGUCGGAAGUGGAAGCCACAUUGUGCAGUUUAGGCUGCGGGAUGGCACCUUGAAGAUUGCGAGAAGUGCAAGAAUCCGGAUGUUGGUUCCUCUUACCUUUGAGGUGUCGAGCUUGAAAGGUGUUUGUCGCAUGUUGCCAGGAAGGAGAGAUGAUGCCCAGAAGAAGCUCCCCGAGAGCACUGGCGAAAAUGUGCGCGACCUCCCUUUACCGAACACCGCGACCCGAGGACCACCACCAGAGUGGAUUGAAGAAAACGGAAGAACCCCAAGGUGUCGAGCUUGCCGGCUGCGCGGUUUUCCAGCGGAUAAGGCAUGGCACACCCAGAGAUGCCGUGAUCGAUACGCUGAGUUUGUGCGGAACUCCUUCGAUCCCAGCCGGGCGAUCCUCGAUCAAGCCCCAAUUGAAGAAGAGCCGACCGGGCUUGAUGAUUUGGGUGCUGGAUUUGAUGUUGAUCUUGGGCUUGAUGUGCCGGAUGAUCUUGAUCCUUUCCCGAAUUUUCCAUUGGACGAGGAUUUGGCUGAGUAUGAGCCCAGCCUGCCUGGAGUUGAGAAUGAGAUAGAAGUUGGAGAAGAGCUCGAGCAGAUCGAGGCCCCGAGUCCGGGCGAGCUUGAUUUCAUGCAAGUGGAGCCGGAACCUCUUGAAGCACUCCCAGAAGAAGAGCGGGAGGCUAUGGUGUCUAGCAUGAUGUAUCGCGAGUCCAUCUCCUUUGCUGGUGCGUCGGUUUGCUUUGCAGGGGCCACCACCACCAAGGUUGAUCUGAACUGGGUGAACGUGCUUACUGUGAGUGAGCGUGAUGAUGGUGCCAGUACCCAGACCUUGCUUGAGCUCAAAGCCAUCUUUGCUGUGCAGAUCAAGAAGAAGGGCUUUGUCUUCUUGUGGGCCAGUACCCCGUGUACCGGAGGCUGGCCAUAUCAGCGGCUGCGUGCCCGUGAUCCAGCCUAUCGCCGCGGGCGGUUGGCUCAGCACUGGAGGCUUCACCGAAAGCUCUGGAAAAGCUUGGUCGAGCUUACUAGCUUUGUGCAUGCCUGGGCCAUUGAGUGGCCACGUGCUUGUGCUUACUGGUCUUGGCGCCAGACUGAGCAUUUUCUUUCUUCACGCCCCUACGUCUUGCACGACGUUCCAGUUGAUGGUUGUGCGCUUGACAUGCGAGGCCGCGAUCAUCUUCUUAUCGCCAAGCGGUGGCGUGUUGUUACAACACACCCAGCAGUUGCUGAGAGCAUCCGUGUCUAUCGUUGCUCUGGGAAGCAUGAGCACUCGAAGGAUUUCGACCUCAAGAGUACACAGCACUACCCGGUAGAGCUUGUAAAAUCCUUCUUUGAAGCGUUGCGCCCUUGA